AUGAGCUCCGUUCUGAAGGCGGACGUGAAGGAGUACAUUCCUUCAUGGGCUAACAAGCGGUCCUCUGGCGUGAACCCCGCCGCUACGUCGACAAACAAGAAUGGAUUUGCGACAUCCGUACCAACAAGCAACGUUAUGACGACGCAUAGUGGCUGCACCGGGAUCAACGCUCAAAAUUUCACUUCUUCCCCACGUGCGGCGGCUGGCUUGCCCUUGUGCAGCCCAACGACAGCGCUUCGUCUUCCAACUCGUAUGAGUCCCAUGCACGCACCCUUUCCUUCUGUGUCAAUCUCCAUGAAUCCAAACGCAACUGACUUUGUUCCACAUCUGACUGGUGCUAAUUCGCUGGCUCCCCUGCCGACGUCGACAGCUGAUCUUGCGGAGGAAAAGGAACGGCAACAGAAGCAAGAGAGCCAUUUAUCAUCCAGCAUGAAAUGGACGACCACAUCGACGAGGAAAAACAUCACACAGCCAGCUUUGCCACUGGCAGUGAAGGCCAAUUUUACACCGACUUUUGCCCCGAUUUAUGUUGAGAAAACGGAGGAAGAGAUUUUAGAGAUUAGCAAACGCAGUUCACUUAAAGUUGGGGCGGCGGCUUUUGUGCCACGCCGUACGCUGAACCGCGUGAUGAUCGCCAAGCCAUCUCCGUUCUCUCUCACGCCAGCGACGGGCGAAAUGACACUAGGUGAUUUGUGGUGUCUCUUCUACCUGCCUGCUGGGCUUGGCGAGUGCAUUCGGGAAAACACAUACGAUCCAACGCUUGUGUUUCGCGUGGAUUCUGUUGCGACCUUCUGGAAGGUGUUCAAUAAUAUUCCUCAGCCGACAGAAAUGAAGAUCGGCACGUUGUACUUUUUUCGUGACGGGAUCAAUCCAAAGUGGGAAGACCCUGGCAAUCGAGACGGUGGCAUCCUGAAGAUGAAAUUAGAUUCCCAUUGCAUCAAUGAUGCGUGGGUGUAUUUGUUGUGCCGCACCAUUGGGGAGUCGUGGUCGAAGUCUGUGCGUGAUACCGUCAACGGCGUGGCCCUCAAAGCACGCGAGCGCGCGUACCUGCUCGAGGUGUGGGUCACGGAACAAAGCGCUGAGCUCAUGAUGGAUAUCAGCGAAUUGCUGCGGCCUCUACUGGGCGAUGUUUUCUCUGUGUUUUAUGCGCCACACUCCGUGACGCAGGAACGUGCCGCCGCCGCUGCUCUCGCCGAGAAGAAAAGGAGCCGAAACAACCGACGCCGCUGGUAA